AUGUCGGAGGCCAUCAAGAUCGACAACAAGCUCUUCCAAGAGCGCAUCUCCCACUUCGUCAAUGCCUGGAAGGCCGACAAGCGAUCUGGAGAUGCCCUCUUCGGAGGCGCCUCCUCCAUCAUCAUCAUGAUGGGCAAGAUGGAGGAGGCCCAGGGCUUCCAAAAGAACAACGCCAUGCACUUCUGGCUGCUAGGCUACGAGUUCCCCACCACCCUGAUGCUCUUCACCCCAGAGACCCUGUACAUCCUGACCACCCAGAAGAAAGCCAAAUACCUCGACCAGAUCAAGGGUGACAAAUUUCCUGUGGAGGUGCUUGUGCGGGGCAAGGAUGCAGAAGAGAACAAAAAGCUCUUCGUCAAGGUCGCCGAGAUCAUCAAGAAGGCUGGCAACAAAGUUGGCGUCAUCUCGAAAGAUGCCUCCCGAGGUCCCUUCGUUGAUGAGUGGAAGGCGGUAUUUUCUGAGGACUGCAAGGACGUGGAAGAGGACGAGAUCGAACUUCGUGCAGUUAGGAACUCGUCCAAGGCCUGCGUCGCCUUGAUGCAUUCCUACUUCCUGGAUGAGAUGUCCACGAUCCUUGAUCAGGAGAAGAAGGUCAAACACCGUGUUCUGGCCGACAAGGUGGAUAGCAAGCUUGAUGACGAAAAGUUUUGGAAGUCCGUCAAGCUACCGUCCGGCAAACUUGCGUCAGACUUCGAUUCUACCCAACUCGACUGGACCAUCGGCCCAGUCGUGUAUAGCGGCGGAAAAUUCGAUCUCAAGAUGCAGGCGGAGUCCAGCGAGGAAAACCUCCAUCCGGGCGUCAUCGUUGCCGGUAUGGGUCUUAGGUACAGGUCCUACUGUUCCAGUAUUGCCCGGACGUACAUGGUGGACCCAAACAAGACGCAAGAGUCCAACUACAAAUUCCUUCUUACGGUCCAUAAUCUCAUUCUGAAGGAGAUUCGAGACGGGGCCGUGGCGAAGGAUGUCUACAACAAAGCUCUCAGCUACGUUCGGAGCAAGAAGCCGGAGCUUGAGAAGCACUUUGUGAAGAACGUCGGAUACGGCAUCGGACUCGAGAACAAGGAUCCGACCCUGGUCUUGAAUGGCAAGAACGGCCGUGCUCUGAAGGACGGGAUGACCCUCUGCGUUUCCACCGGCUUCCAAGAUCUCGAGAACCCUCAGCCACAGGACAAGAACAGCAAGAUCUACUCCUUGAUCGUAACGGACACCAUCCGAGUUACUGCCGAGGGUACGGUCAACUUCACCGGGGAGGCUGCUGCUGAUCCUGACUCGACGUCGUUCUUUUUCAAGGAUGACGAGGAACAGCAGCCGGCACCGAAGAAGGAGAAGAAGGACUCGCGCGUUGGCGCCGUCGCUGCCAAGAACAUCACCAGCUCUCGUCUGCGGUCAGGCCGCGGCCACGACAAAGAUGAAGAGGCUGAGAACAGGCGCAAGGAGCAUCAAAAGGAAUUGGCUUCGAAGAAACAAAAGGAGGGCAUGGCGCGCUUUGCUGAGUCUACAACUGACCCGAACGGAGGCGAGGCCAAGAAGUUCAAGCGCUUCGAGUCGUACAAGCGUGACAACCAGUUCCCAGCUAAGGUCCGCGAUAUGGGCAUUGUUGUCGACCAGAAGAACUCGACCGUCGUCCUCCCUGUGAUGGGUCGCCCGGUUCCAUUCCACAUCCAGACAAUCAAGAACGCGAGCAAGAGCGACGAGGGCGAGUGGUCUUUCCUUCGCAUCAACUUCCUGUCGCCGGGUCAAGGAGUUGGCAGGAAAGAUGACCAGCCCUUUGAGGAUGCGUCCGCUCAUUUUGUCCGAAGUCUUACUUUCCGUUCGACGGAUGGUGACCGGUACACUGAGAUAGCGAACCAGAUCUCCAACAUGAAACGAGAUUUGACCAAGAAGGAGCAGGAAAAGAAAGACAUGGAAGAUGUUGUCGAGCAGGACAAGCUCGUCGAGAUUAGAAACCGUCGCCCGGCCGUCUUGGAUAACGUCUUCUUGCGACCGGCAAUGGAGGGCAAGCGUGUUCCUGGCAAGGUCGAGAUACACCAGAACGGUAUCCGAUACCAGUCCCCGCUCAACCCCCAUCAGAGAGUCGACAUCCUCUUCUCCAACGUCCGCCAUCUGUUCUUUCAGCCCUGCGAGCACGAGCUUAUUGUUAUUAUCCAUAUCUAUCUCAAGGACCCGAUCAUUGUUGGCAACAAGAAGAAGACGAGGGAUGUCCAGUUCUACCGGGAGGCCACUGACAUUCAGUUCGACGAGACGGGCAACCGCAAGCGCAAGUAUCGAUAUGGUGACGAAGAUGAAUUCGAGGCAGAACAAGAGGAGCGCCGCCGACGCGCGGAGCUGGACCGUCUGUUCAAGGGUUUCGCCGAGAAGAUUGCUGAAGCUGGACGGAACGAGAAUAUCGAGGUCGACAUGCCCAUAAGGGAUCUCGGAUUCCACGGUGUUCCGUUCCGCAGCAACGUCUACAUCCAGCCAACCACGGAGUGUCUGAUCCAACUUACGGAGCCACCAUUCAUGGUCAUCACCCUGGAGGACAUCGAGGUCGCACAUCUUGAGAGAGUCCAAUUCGGCCUAAAGAACUUUGACCUUGUCUUCGUCUUCAAAGACUUCACAAGACCGCCCUACCACAUCAACACGAUCCCGGUGGAGUCACUGGAGGACGUCAAGGAUUUCCUCGACUCCUCGGACAUUGCAUUCACCGAGGGUCCGUUGAACCUUAACUGGCCAACUAUCAUGAAGACGGUCACUGCCGAUACACACCAAUUCUUCGCUGACGGUGGCUGGUCGUUCCUUGCGAAUGACAGUGACGAUGAGAACGGCGAGGACGAGGAGGAGCAAGAGAGCAACUUCGAGAUUGAUGAUAGCGAGCUUGAGGACGCCUCCGAAUCCAGCGAAGAGGAUUCGGACUUCGACUCCAACGCUUCCGCCGAGGCUAGUGACGAGGAGGCCAGCGACGAGGACGAGGGCGAAGAUUGGGAUGAGCUGGAGCGGAAGGCCAAGAAGCGAGACCGCGAAAACGCCGCUGAGGAAGACGAGUCGCGCGGCAAGAAGACGAAGAAGCAGAGGCGUUGA